AUGGCACCAUCAGUACGUCCCCCUACACCGACUUCCGAUUCCACCGUUCCCUCAAAAAACCUGAACCUAGCCCUUCAAAUGCCCAACUCUUCUUCAGCCGACCCCGAACCCCAUACGUCAUCGUCUCCCAGUCCUCCGACAUUGACUAACGAGUCCCCGUCUUCGGCAUCACAGAAUCGCGCGUCAGUUCGGCUUAGCACUUAUAGCAUGACCCCGUCGCUCGCUCCAUCGGUGGGCAGCCUCGAUCCAGAGAUCCGGCCGAUCGUCGACGGCCUGGAGCGCCUUAAGAACCCGCCGUUGGAGGAUAAGCAGCGGGUGUUCCUCAACGAGGAAAAACGCGAGAACCUGGCGCGGCUAGCUCUGAACGCAAAGCUGGAGCGGGCACUGUCCCGGCGCAUGACGAGCCAAGAUGCCGUCAUGCGGCCGCGGAAGCCGUCGGUGGUGGAGGUUGUCAACGAGAAGAAGGAGAAGGUGUGA